CGUCCAUUAUCAACUCACCUGGCUGUGUGUUUGUGUGUUGUGCAGCCACACCCGGCUACUCUGUAUUAACCAAUCAGCUCCUCCAAGAGCGAGAAACACCAAGGAGGUGUACUUCCUGUGUUUGGUGAGAGAAGACACGGGGCAGGUCGGUCUUAAACCAACGACUAGUGUAUUUUUUUUUCAGGGGAGUUUCACACUGCAGCUUGGUAGGGCGAAGGGGAGGGAAGAUUGGACAAGACCCUGCAGAGUUUUUGCUUGAUUUAUGAGAGAGCUGUUCAGUGAGAGAACAUAUUUAGAGGACAAGGCACAGGGGUGAGCGAGGAGGAGGAAGAGGAGGAGGGGAGGAGGGUAAAAGAUAAGUGUCAAUCUGUUGAGACUUGCUUGGGAAUUUGAAGAAGGAAGGAGGGAGUUGGAGAGAGCAGAUAUCUGGAAAGCAAGGAGAGCUCAGGUGUAAACAUUAGGAUUUUUAUUUUUGUUGCCAGCGCUAGCUUCAUUUUGAAACACAUUUGGAAUGUAUCAAUAUGUCAGCUAGGACAAUGUGAAAGCAGAGAAUGCAUACUUGUGUGUUGUGCAAUCCCAUGCUUGAGAGCUGAGCUGGACUAGGAGGCGGGAGAGGCCAGCUCUCCCCACAACUUCACAUUUAGGGCCUUGCUUUCUCAAAGGCCUGAUUCGAUAUGCUGUGCUUUUCAGGUUUGUGCGGCUUUUUUAGUAAACUGUAGGUUUUCCAAAUUAUGCUACCAUGGGGACCAAAAGGCCAAGCUGCACCGUCUUCGACACUUUCUUAAACAUUAACACGUCUGACCGCAAGCUUCAGCCAGGUGGAAGACACUCCCGGGACCCCAGUCCCAGGCCACCAGCCAUGACCGCUCAGUCAGAGCAGGAAAGUAACCGAAAGGAAGAAGUACGGCGGGAUCGGGAACUGGAGAAAAUGAGAGACAAAUCAAGAUACAAAGAUACGGACCCACGGGAGAGGUACCAUGAGAAAGACAGAGGCCCCUCUUCCAGGCCAAGGGAGGCUGAGCGGGAGCGGAGGGAAAAGAGGCAAGAGGACGACAGGAGGAAUGGAAGGCUGCUGUCUAACGUGGAAAGGGAAUUUGAGAGGGAAAUGGAGCGCGGGAUGAAGAAAGGUGACACUUUUCCCAGGAUGCGAAGAAGUGGUGAAAGGGAUGAAGGCCGUGAGCACAGGCGCCAAAGAGACAGACCGAGAAGGAUGGAGACGGAUGGCUGGGAACGGGAAAGAGAGCAAGCUUGGCUGAGGGAAAGGGAAAGAGAAAGAGAAAGCGAUGACGUCCGUAGACGGGCAAGAAAAGAUGUGAGAAGCUAUGAGAAACCCAGGCAAAGAUAUCAAGAGCCCAAUGCUGCUCUCCCAGACAGCAGAAGAUACUUUGAAAUGGGGUACAAAACAUCCAGGACACCUUCCCCACGGCGUCGGAGAGAGAGGGAGAUUCAUCUGGAUCGGAAGGAGCAGGAGAGGACCCCCAGGAGAGGCGGAGGCACGAGGAGUGAAGAGGACAGCGACGAGCGGGAGAUGAGGCGACAAAGAGCGAGGGACGACAGAGAGCGGCACGAGUUGACAUAUCAACACAGCAGAAGCGAGGGGGACAGCAAGGGCAGGGACCGACAGAGACGCAGAGAAGCAGACAGAGGCAGGCGGGGGGAGGAGAGGUGGUCAUACGGGGACGGGAGAGGAUGGUCGAGUGACAAGAGAGAGAAGGAGCACCGCAGAGUGCAUGAUGAGCCCAGGAAGGAAAGGCAAAGACAGGAAAGAGAGGCUGACCCUAGGUGGAAUGACACAACCCUCAAGGAGGCGGCCUCUGGGGCUCCGCGGAGAGCUCAGAGCAGCGGCGAGUGGAGCAGCGACAUGGACAAUGACACGAGACGCAGGCCGGGCAGAGACGACUAUGAAGGAGAAGGGGAGAGCGAGCGGGAGGACAGGAAGAGUCCACAGAGGGCGCAAAGGAGAAGUGAGACAGAGAUGGCAGCCGCCGAGCAGAGACGGAUGUGGUUAGAACCGCAGAGGAGCAAUCAUAGCAAAGAGUCCUCUCUGGAGGAUGACUUAGACCGAGAGCGGAGGGGAGAAGAAGAAGAAGAAAAAGAAGAAGGGGACGCACAAAGGGGACGCAUUGAAAGUUGGAUACGUGAGCACAGAAGAGGCAAAAACAGACAGGAGGUGAAUGUAGACCAAAGGGAGGAGGUCCAGGGGGAGUCAGAGAAGCGUGACAAGGAAUGGAGUUUUGGAGGUAGCUGGAGGACAGACAACAGCGAAGACAGCGAAGGAGGAAGUGACACCGAGUGGCGGCAAGACAGAGUUCUGUCGACAGAGGACGGCUUUGUGACUGUAUCCAGUGGCGGCGACGACGACGAGGAUGAGCGAGAGGAGUUUGUGGACUGUCAGGACUUUUGGGAGGGCGGGGAGGAUACGGGCAACGCCCCUUCCUCUGAUGGGUGCACAAGGGAGGACUAUGCUAAUGAGGAGGAGCAAGAAAAGAAGCUCAAGUACGUCUUCUGCGUGAUCGGGCAAACGCGAGUGAAGCCUGACGGGAUGUCACCAUCACCAUCAGGUGACCGCAUGGACGACGAGGAAAGAGACAACCUCCUUUCAGAAAGUCUUCAUCAUAGCGGACAUGAUGUCAGCCCGCAACCUCCACAUGACCUGCACCUGACACCGAGGAGAAGUGACCAAUACCCGAUGAACAGCGACAGCGACAAGUCUAAGGAGACUCUUCCAGACCAGGAUCCCAGAAUGAGAACCAGGAAAAUGGAGCACCCGUAUGCUGAGAUCGGGCCCAUGAAAAGAGACUCUGAGACAGAAAAGCUCCUCAUGGAGUGGAGGGAGAGGAAUAAACAAAUGGCCGACAGGGAUCAACACUCGCCUCUUCCGAGUAACCCUUACGCCGACGUUUACUCCCAGGUGACUUUUGAGCAAAUUCUCCCAGCCUUGGAAGGGCUUAAUAUUGAAGCCAUGAGCCCAGAAGAGAAGGAAGCCAUUCGGAUCCGAAUGAGCGGUGCCUGGAGCAUGUCUGAGGAACCUAAGCGCCAUUCCCAAGCCCCUCAUCUUAAGUGGGCUAAAAGUGUAGUACGGGAGAUACUUGGACACUCGGGAGAAGACGUGAUUGAUGACCCCAGCUCAGUUGGGCAAGGCCCCACCGGGACUGAGGAGAGGCAAGUGGACGAGGUCAUUACGGAGAUGCAUCUCGAUAGUUCACACUCAGAGCCCGAAUCGGAGGACGAAGAGCCGGAGGUGGAAGGGCUGAGAGGUACGGGGCAGGGACGACGACACAUGCAUGCUGACCAGCUCUCGGCCAUGCAUGCUGACACAUCUGCAUACACUCACGCUGACACAUUGCUAGAAACACAAAGGAAGGAGAAUCACACCCCGGAGAUGGAUAAAGACACGGAGCCUGAUCUCCGCUCGGAGGAGGUAGUUAUAGAUGUGAAAAUGACUGAGGAGACAGAAGAUGAGGUUAAGAAAGCAGACACGGAUAAAGAAACGAGCAGACAAAAGGAAGUGGAGAUGUAUUUGUCUGUGAGUAACACACUAUAUAAACCUAGCAGCUGCCCCAUUCUCAACUACGACUCCCAGCCGGACCUCCUCGUCCCCUCCACAGAGGGCCAUGACGAUGAGGAGGAGGCCGAACGAGAAGAAAGGCAAGAUGAGGACAGUGAGUGUAGCUUAGCAUCAGAAUCCGACGGGGAUAGCCCAGAUGGAGCAGAAGCGGCGGCAAGAACGCCGGGAGGUGGGACUCUGACGAGCAACUGCAGUUUCCGAGAUUUGGGUCCCCAGGCUCGUUUGAGGAGACGGGGGAUCCGUAAAACCACUGAGAGAAGAAACGUGGAGCUUGUAGAGGUGGAAGAGGAGGAGGUGGAGGAGGAGCAAGGUGUUGCAAGGGAUCGCAGAACUCGAAUAUUCACUACAACAGACGAAGAGGAUGAUCGCUGUAAAAGCUGGGGAGAAGUGGAGCUGAGGAAUGUUUUGGACACAAUCGGAAGACGAAAAAGGAACUCAAAGUUUUUCAAUGCGGCCCAACUCUACCAACAGUACAGCGAGGCGGCCCAAAACUUUGAGAUCCUGAGCCAGUCUCGCUCUUCCGAUGUCAUCUUGGUCAGCGAGGACAUUUCGGCCUCUCCGGCUCCGUCGCAUCCUCCGGCAUGCAGGCCUCUCCCGCCGCUACCCCCCAUCCCGCACCCCCACUCCUUGGCGCACACAGGCUCCAUCACCAGUGUCAGAAGCUUGCCUCUGCCGGAGCGGUCCAAGAAUGAGGGCCGGCCUUCCUCCCCGCGGCUCUCCAUCUCACUCACGCAGUCGUCCACGCUGUGGCGAGAGCUGCCUGGCGUCAGGAACAGCAGAGAGCUGGAGGACCUCACGGAGGACGAGAGGCGACUGCAGGAGGUGCGAUUUGAAGUGGUGACCUCUGAGGCGUCCUACUGCCGCAGUCUGGACAUCGUUGUGGAACAUUUUGUUAAAUCCAAACAGCUGGGGACGCUGUUGACCACCCAGGAUCGGAACUGGCUUUUUUCCCGUCUGGCUGAUGUCCGUGCCAUCAGCCACAGCUUCUUAUCAAAGCUGGAGGAGCGACUCGAGUCGGACGUCAUGCACUUUACAGUGUGUGAUAUCAUCGCUCGGCACUGUCAGCGCUUCAAGAUGGUUUAUGUACCCUACCUCACCAAUCAGUCCUACCAGGACGCCACGUACCAGAGACUCAUGAAUGAGAAUCCAGGCUUCAAACGCAUCGUUGAGAAGUUAGAGAGGAGUCCUGUUUGUCAAAGACUUCCCCUUCGUUCCUUCCUCGUCCUGCCAUUCCAAAGAAUUACAAGAAUUAAGCUGCUGGUCCAGAAUAUUGUGAAGAGAACAAUUCCUGGUACUGCAGAAGCGACGCAAGCCAUUAAAGCCCUGAAACUUCUAGAGAAGCUGAUCCAAGAAAGCAAUGACAGCAUCUCUCAAAUGAAAAGCAUCGAGUCACUGGUGUUGUUAAGCGCCAAGGUGGACUUUGAGUGCAGGACUCUUCCUCUCAUCAGUCAAUCUCGGAGGUUGGUGCGCGAAGGACCAGUCACAGAACUGAUGGACUUUUCCCUAAAAGACACAGAGAGGAAUAUUUACAUGCACUUAUUCAAUGACUACCUGCUGCUCUCGCAACAAAAAGAAGGUGGGAAGUUCACGGUGAUCGACCACGCCCCCGUGGCAGAGCUGCGUGCAGAGAACUGCCGCGUUAAACUUCAUUCCCUACAGAAGAACCUGUUCAGACUACACAUGUUGCACAAGUCGCUGCUGCUAAGGACCGACACACAGAGUGAUAAGCUACGCUGGAUAUCCGCCCUUUCCCGACCUCAUCCUGAAAUUGAUUUUUCUUCCGCGCAAGAUUUCCCACAGAUGCAGUGUAUCAGAGCUUUCGUCGCCCAGCAGCCCGAUGAGUUGUCUUUAGAAAAAGCUGAUAUCAUACUGGUGCACCAACAAAGCAGCGACCAUUGGGUAGAGGGCACCAGACUGUCCGAUCGGCAUCGUGGAUGGGUGCCGGAGUUGCAUUUGGAGUUGAUAAGCAACUCCAGAGUCCGACAGCGCAAUCUAUCGGAUGCCCUAAAACUCACCACGGCCACAGCAGCAGUAUGAGCAGGACUGAAAAGCCACAUAAAGACAUCCAGAUUGAAAAAAAAAAAAACAAUUCCACAGCAUGCUGUGCUUCACAGCUCCAGCUGGACAGAGUGGACAUCUCCUUGCAGAAAACGGCAAUAUAUGCUGACUUUGGAGCGAUUGCAUACCGAGAUAAGGACUCUUCACAACAGUGUGUACGCCUGCGUGUUUUAAAGAGUAAAGCAUAUUGCAUUUGUAUAUUGAGUAGAAUGGAAAAUAUUCCUUAAAGAUGGCAUAGUUUACUGCAAUAAGAGUCCCCUGCAUGCAGGAGACCUGACAGGGUGCAACUUCUCACAUGUACAGAAUGUUUAGGUUACACAGAGAAUAUGUUUCAAUAAAUUCUGCACAUUUAAAACCUAUGC